UUUCAGGCAAGAUCAGCAAAAGUACUCUUCCUUUUUUAAAUACUUUCAACUAUUAAGAUACUUUUCGCUUGCCGUGGCUGUCGACUCCUUUCUACCAACUUUUCUGGCUUGGCUUGAUCAUACACUGCUAGUUUAACUAUCUUAGGAUAUUUCAUAGAGGGUGCUUGCUUAUUCUAUAUUUGUCUUUUGGUUCUCUCUUUUUAAAUCUCUGUUUUUUUCUUUCUUUUUUUGGGUACACAUUUGUGGAAACGACAAGGUUCAACAUCUUUUUUUUGGAUUUUUCGGUCAUAAAGUCUAAUCUUUUAUAUUUAUUUCCUUUUACGUUCUUUUAUUUAUUCUUUCUUUUGGGUCAUUCUUUGUUUGAAAUUUGGUUCUCUUGUCUUUCUCAAAUCUGCUGCUCUUCUUGCAUUGAUAAUUAAACAAUAUAUAUACACAUAUAUAUAUAUAUAUUUAAAAAAAAAAUUUAAAUUUUCUCUAUAUGGCUCUCGACGAGUUCUUUUUGUCUAAACAGCCCGUAAAUCAUGGAUCAGUUCUACCCUGGUUAUCUCCCAUUUCUGAAGGAAUAAGUAGUCCUUCCUUCCAAGACUUUGACUUGCCUCCGUCUUCAGCAUGUUCUUUCUCUUUAUCUUCUGUCGCUUCUGGCUCUGACAAUACCUCCAUAUUGGAUACGGAAACGAACGUGGAGGAUAACUCUUAUGCCUUUCCAAAAUUACUCUCAAAUUUGAAGAAAGAAACAUCUUUGCAAAAUCAUGAGCCUCCUUCGAAGGGACCUGAUGUCUUAACGGCUUCUCUUGUUAUUGGAAAGCUCGGAUAUGCAAAGUUGAUCCACCAACAUCGUAAGCUUUCCAAUUCCAACCAACGCAAACAAGAUCGCGGCCUUAUGGCAAUGGUUUUAUCAAGAUCUGAAAAACAAGAAGAGCGAGAGAAUCACUCUUCGGAUGCUAGAGACGCCAUCAAGAGUGCUCUUCGUAAGAGACUCCGCCGUCGUGAAGGACGAGUUCAGAAGGCUUUAAAGCCUGUCCCUAUCUUAGUUUGCUCUAGAUGUUCAGCUACCUUUGAUCAUCAUUUCGCUCUCUCCUUGCACGAAAACGAUUGUUUCAACCAAACUAACUUCAAAUUAUCAGACUUUUUCGUAAACGACCUAAUGGGAAAUUCGCUUUUUGAAUGAAAAUAAUGCUAUCACCGGCCGAUAGCGCGCAUGACACUUGAAUCGUUUUUUAAAGGCAUAUGAAACAUUCUCACCAUGUGUCUUGCAAUGAUUUCUAGUUUUGGAAUUUUAGAUUACUGUCAUACCACCCCUUAAUGAUUUAAAAAAAAAUUCAGUCUACAAUGCUUAUUAACUUUAAGUAUUUUUUCGCUCUUUUUUAUAGAAGACAAUAAACUAUUUUAUUUAUAUUCGUG